UUUUUUUUACUGUUUUAAUUAGGAAAUCAUCGUGGUAGGAGAAAUUAGACGAAAUUAAUCUCCUAUUAAACUAAUUAACGCUCUACAUGACCUUAAAAAUACAAUUGUUCAGUGUGGCAUCGUCACGCAGUUUUUUGGGUCUGGCAAACUCCUUUUUUGAAAGAAACAUUGUCCUAAAAAGCUAAGGCCAGGACAAACCACGUUGCUAAGUUUUGAUGCUAUGUGCUACGAGAACGUGGCAAUGAUUCUCCCAGAUCUUAAAAAGAUUUCGAAUCCUUGUUUUUGUUCUGUUAGGAUUUUAUAUAAGGUAAAAUUAAAAACAUCAAAUAACAGACGUUUAUACAUGCACAGAUGGCAAAUUUAAACUUGCCUUAAUCAUCCACGCCAAAGAAUAUUCCGAUCCAGCGAUGUUACGUCACUACUUUCGUAGCAGUAAGCUGAAGCAAAUCUUUUUCGUUGUAGUUUUUAUAAACCUUAUCCUAUUGAUCUCUCAUUCGUCGAUAUUGCAUGACUUACUUUUUGAAAAUAACGAACUCACAAAGGAAGAUCUCCUCCUCUAUACUCCUGCAAACUUAUCAACACAACAUAUACAAUCCGCUAUGAAGAAACUAGAAACUAAUCCUAUCUAUCAAGCUUUUGAUAUAAUUCCUCCCCCUACGAAGGAGAAAGUAGACUUGCUUCUAAUUGUAUCGUCUGGUCCACGGCGCAGUGAUCGGAGAGAUGCUAUACGACAAACAUGGUGGCAGCAGUGUGUACCGACUAAUGGGUUGGUACCAAAAUGUAUUUUCAUCACUGACUUUCAAAGACACAACGAUACCUUCUACAAUACUACAUUAUCUGAGUCGAAAUUACACAAAGACAUAUACUUUCAAAAGUUAAGCGGCGGCAUCGAGUUUGGUCGAAGGUUCUUAUACCACUUAGUGUGGGCAAAAAUGAAUUUUGACUUUGAUUAUUUCAUGAGAGUGGACGAUGACUACUUAUUUUGUUUGAAGCGCUUCUUACAUGAGAUGCCCAAAACAUUCACCCCGAAUUUUCAUUGGGGGUACACACACCAUCUCGAAGAAGGUAUGGUACGCCCUGAGGAGAGCAUGGUCUUGUUUUCAAAGGAUGUGGUAGAAUCAUUUUUAGCGCAGGAUCCGAAUAGAUUACUUUGCCAUCCGUGGGCUGAUCAAAUGAUAGCUUCGUGGAUCAGUAGGUUUCCUCAUAUGAAGACGUUGUUACGUCAUGACGACAGAUUACAUCAUCAUCCUACUGUAGACGAAACCCCUGAUCUAAUGACCAUGGAUGCAAUUUGCGACACUUUCAUUGGGGUGCAUGGAUGUUACCCUGAUAAUAUGAGGAAGCUCUGGAAAAGGGCUGGAUCUUUUAACCAUGAUGGAAGUGACUUAAUCCAGAAUACUAGGCUGGUUAAGUUUUCACUUUUUAACUGGAGGAAAUUCAUAUUUAGUUGGAGGUACAAGCCAAAAUAUUGUAUUUCAAACCCAACAUGGGACACAAUGAAGCAAGUUGUAUCAGGUGGGGUGUAUGCUGGUCGUCAAGAGGGCGGAGAAGUUCGUAGUUUAUCAUUUUUUAAAAGAAUUCUGAAACACCUUUUUUAGUUUUUAUUAACCUUGUUACUGUAUAUAUGUGUUAGUAUGUGUUUUCAAAGAAAUAAUUAUUACAUUUUGUUUUUAUAAUAACACGCCUGGUGCGUAAUAAUAA